GCACGCAAAAAAAAUUUUUUUGGAUUUUUAAUGGCUCUUUUGUUCAAAAAAAAAAAAAAAUUCUCAAUGAAUCAUCAGGGGAGUUUCUCGUUAUUACAUCACUAUAUAAACAUGACCAACUUGUCUAGCCAGCCUACUUUUUUUUUUCUUCUUUAUGAAGGAAAUUACUUCUCGGCAGAAUGAGCCGUGAGAGUGAAAGACAGUCAAUAACAAAUGAAUUGAAGGACUUUUAUUCAAAAGUUUAGAUCCAAUUCCGUCAUUGGAAAUUGGUAAACUAUGAAGAGGAAACAAAAGAGAAAAAAAAAUCAUAUUCGUCACAUAUUUUACACUACACGAAUUUGUAAAUAGUACAUCAUUUUCGAACGAUUUCAUUUGAAAAAAGAGAAAAAAAAUAAGGGAGCUGGAUCAUUAUUUCGAAGACUUCCCCUCCCCCCCCAAAAAAAACUGUGAUUUAACUUGGAUUUCAUUUUGCUGACUCUUCUUCUUCUUCUUCAAUUAUUGACUUUGUAUUCUAAUUAGAAUAUGAAAUUCAAAUGCAAGUUUUCAAGAGAGAAAAAACAUGUUCAACGUUAAGCGGCACACGUGUACGAAAAAAAAGGCGAUUUAUAAGUUAAGUUUUAUUUUAUUAUAUAUUUUUUUUUUUUUGUAAAUAGUUGGUAAAUAAUUUCCCCAUAAGUAGGAUUUUGCUAUUAUAAAAAAUGCAAUUUUACUCUUCUAUAUUUUAUUUAUUUUUUUUGUAUAUAGAACUUCGAAUGUAAAUAAUUACGAAUCCAAUUCAGGAGGAUAAGUCAAUUUUUUUGAGAAACUGAUAAAAUUAAUAAUAAUUUAUUAUUUAAUUUUUCUUUUUUUAGUGAAAAUUAAGAUUUUAAAAUUUUUAUUAAUAAUUGGCGAUAUAUCAGUAUUCUUUAUUGUGUUCUUGUCCUUGUAAAUGUCAUUUUGCAUUAUUUAUUAUAUUCAAUAGUAAUGCAGAAAUUCACUCCAUAUAAAAAUAUUUCAUUUCGCAUUUAUUUAUUUCAUUUUUUUACGAGCUCUCUGAAAGUAACGUUUUUUAUUAAUCAUAACUUUUUUUUUUUGAAACUAUAUUUUAAAGAAAAGUAUUGCAUUGUUUUGAUAUUAUAACCGAGAAGAAGUGAUAUAUAUAUAUAUAUAUAUAUAUAUAAAAGAGGAUUAUGAGGAUGUCUUUGAAUUAAACGACCAUUAUUAUGAGCCGAUCGAUCGACUCUAUAUGCCCGAGUUUUGUGGCCUCCACGCGAGUAGUAUUUCUAUUAUUUAAGUAUAACUUCGGCUUAUGUUUGUGAUUCACGCAAAUUAUUUUUAUUUACUUUUUUUUUCUAAUUGACAAAACAUAUAUAUUUUUAUUAUUCAUUUUUUAUUUUAAAAAUUAAUUUAAAUUAUUUUCCCUUUGAAAUAAAAUUUCGCUUAAAAAAAAAAAAUACUGAAAUUUUUUUUUUCUACUUGGAAAUUAAUUUUUUUUAAUUUUUAAUUUUUUGAAAUUUUGUUUUGAAAAUUUAAAUUGUAUUUUAAAUAUAUAUGAAUCAUAGACAUGAAUCACAAACAUUUAUUUUAUUGUAUGAAAGUUUCAAUGUAGACGCAAACAGAGACUAUUUCUACAAUGCGUAUGUGAUACUGUUUGCGUCAAACUGUUAAAGAGAUACAGCGAGUCUCAUGAAUUAUAAUAAUAUAGAAAAUUUUCAAAUUAAAUUGCAGUAAAAAAAAUUUGUGAAAUUUUCUAAAAAUAAUUUUUGAAUACAAUUUUUUACAAAACAAAAAAGUUAAAUUUUCAAUUUUUUUUUAAAAAAAAUCUAUUCAAACGAAAAUAAACAAUUUUUUUUCUAUUCAUAAAUAAUAUUGAAAUCGAAAAUUAUUUUUAAAAAGAAAAAACAAUUAAUUAAAUUUUUAAUUUUAUUCAAAAGAAAUUUAACAUUUUUUUUUGUCUAUUUAAUUGAAAUCGAAAAUUAUUUUUAAAAAGUGAUAAAAUUAAUUAAAUUCUAUUUAAAAAAAAAAUAAUAAUAAUUAAAAAAAUCGAGGUAUUUCUUUAACGCAAAGUACUUAGAAAAAACUAUUAAUAAGUGCGUAAAAUAAAAUUGAGACUUUGUAUUUUGUGAUAUCUCAUUUCACACAUUUUUUUUUCCCCGCGAAAGAAAAAUUACAUAACGAGAAUAUGUGUGCGUAUGUAAAUAAAAUUGUAUAUUUAAGAGAAAAUUUCAAUGUUACUAAUUUGUGUACGUAAUUAUGAUGAUUGAGAGGAUAAAGUUGCCAAAUUAGGAUAAAAAUUUAAUUUUUAUAAAUAUAUUAGAUUUAAAAAAAAAUUAAGGAACUGAUAUUUAUUUUUUAGGAAUUUCACGAUAUUAAGUUAUGAAUUAAAUCUAUAUUAAGAUACAUGAACAUAAUAUUCAAUUUUGAUGCGACUAUCCUCUUGAGAGUAAUGUAACUUCGAUUUUAUAUAGUUAGUAUAUAUAUAUAUAUUCAUGACAUAUUUACUUACUACUCAAUUUAAAAAUUAAAAGAAAAAAUGAACAAAUUGUACACCGAACAAAAGUUGUACAAUUGGGACAAAUUGUAAAUAUAUUAUCUGUAUUUAAAAAAAAAGAGAACAAAACCUCGAAAAAACUGUAAAAAAAUAAGGCAAAAGGGGCGCACGAAUCUCUCAUAAAAAUCAUUAAUUAGAAUUUUUAUUAGAAAUUAUUUUUUAAACGAAUUUUCAAUUUUCGAAUUAAAAUUCGAUAGUUUUUCGUUUUUUAAUACGAAUUUUUACGUAAUAAAAUUUUUAGCUACCAAAUUUUUCUUUAGUAGAAUUUAAUGUGUUUCGAAUUUUUAAAUGACAAAAAUUCCAAAUCACCGAAUUUUAAUUUAAGCGAAUUUAAUCAAAUUUUAAUUUGUCCGAAUUUGAAUUUGUUCGAAUUUUUAUUUGUACGAAUUUUUAAGGCGACGAAUUUUCCUUUGUCCGAAAUUACAAAUGGCCGAACGAACAAUCGACAGAAAGAAUUUGGCGCAAUUUUUGAAAAUUGACAAAUUAGAAAUUAUCAAGAAAAUUGUGAUUGGUCAAUUUUCAAAAAUUGCGCCGAAUUCUUUCUGUCGAUUGUUUAUUCGGUCAUUUUUAAUUUUGGACCAAGAAAAAUUCGUCGCCUUAAAAAUUCGAACAAAUUAAAAAUUCGGACAAAUUAAAAUUCAGUGAAUUGGAAUUUCUGUCAUUUAAAAAUUCGAUUAAAUUAAAAGUCCAAUAAAUUAAAAAUUCGGUGAAUUCGAAUUUCUGUCAUUUAAAAAUUCGAACCACAUAAAAUUCGAUAAAAUUAAAAUUUUUUUAUAUAAUAAAAUAUAAUGUAAGGAAAAUGACUGCAUUAUAAAAAUUCUGCCAAACAAAAAUUUAGUAGCUAAAAAUUUUGUUAAGUAAAAAUUCGUAUAAAAAAAAGAAAUUCUAUUUCAAAUGCUUAUUCAAAAAAAUGAAUAUUCGUCUAAAAAAUAAUUAAUUUCUAAUAAAAUUCAUUCAAAAUGAAAAUUCUAUUUAAAUAGUUUUCAUGAUUUUUAUGGAAUAAUCGUUUGUCCCGAUAAACUUCUUUGGCAAAAAUUUUCAAAAUUAUUCCAAUCCUUUUUUCUUUAUUUUUUUUUUUUACUAUUUUUGUAUUUCAUUUUCAAAAUUGAUAAAAUAUGGAAUUAGAAAAUUGAAAAAAUUCAAAAAUAAUUGUCAUAAAAAUGAAAAUUAAAUUUAAUUUCCUUUUUUUUUUGAGAAAUAAAUUGGAUAAAAAUUUAAAAUUUUUGCCACUGUUUCAACUUGAAAAAAAUAAAUUUGUACAACUGGAAGAGAAAAAAAAUUUGGACAAUAUUUUUACGUCUAAAAAUCGAUUUUUCUUGACUAUUUGUACAUGAUAUUUCUUAUUCUCGAAAAUCCUUGAAAAAAAGAGGAUAUAUCAUUAAAAAAAAAAAAAAAAAAAAAAAAAAAAUUCCAUAAACGAGAGAGAAAUAGAGAUUUGCUAAUAAUUUUUCUAGAUUAAUUAAUAAAUAAAUAGAUGUGUCAAUUAAAUAACAAAAAAAAAGAAAAAACUGAGAAAGGAAUUGGAAUUUUUUUUUUUUUUAAAUAAAUUAAUCUACGAAAAAUAAAAUUAUAAGAAUUUUACAUCGAAUGCUCGAAAAAAUGAUCUCAUAAUUGGUGAAAUGACACCAUUUAUUUAAUAUUAGCUUUAUUGUAUAAUUUUUAUAGAUUUUUGGGUGUGCCAAUAUAAAAAAAAAAUUGUUUUCUUUUUCAAAUUUUCUAGCUUCAAAAAAAAAGAAUUGUUUUUUUUUGAAAUCUUGUGUGAAUUUUUUUUUUUAAAUUAGAAAACAAUUUAAUUAAUAAGUGUGUGAUCCAUGACAAGAUAAAAAAAACCUCAUUUUUCACAUUAUUGUCAUUUUGAAGCUUUCUCAUUAAAAAAAAUGAAAAAAAAAGCUAGUCGUUUAUUUUUAUCAAACGUGUUAAUGCUGGACAUUACAAAAUAAAAUAUCGUUCGCAGAGUAUCAUUUUGUCGAGAAAUUAAUUAUCCUUGUCAAUUUGAUGGAAUCUCAUAUAGUUUGAAAAACAAAAAGGGUUUUCUUUUUCCGAGUGUGUGUGUGUGUGUGUAUAAUCGUUUUAUCUCUUUUAAAAUGUUUUAUGAAACUUUAUUAAAUGCGUUCAAUGUUGGUCAUAUUGUAAACACGAUUUUAUCAUAUAUUCCAGGAUAUUAUGUUUGAGAGGGUUUUUUUUUUCGUUAAGUCGACAAUAAACUUCGAGAGGAAAUUCAAAUAUCCUCGAUUUCCGGAAUCGGAUAAAAAUUGAAAAAUUUCUUUAUUUUUUAUAUUUAAAGAAAAAAAAUAUUUCAAAAUUAAAUUUUUAAUUGAUAAUUUUUUUUUUAUUAAAUUAUAUUUAAUUUCGAAUUAAUUCGAAACGGAAUUAAAAUUCAAAAGGGAAAUUCAGUUUUGGAUUAGAAAAAAAAAAAAAACUUUAUUUUUCAUUAAAAUUGACAAAAUUGAAAAUCAGAAUUUUUCUAAAGAAAACUAUUUGUUAUUUUACGAAACUGAAUAAAAAAAAUAAAUAAAUAAGAGAUAUCAUUAGGGGAGGAAAAAAAACAUCCGAGUAUUUUUUCAUGUUUGCUUCGAUAUUGACAUAAAAUAAAUGUCAUUUCUUCUUGUUUUUCGAAUCGAACGUGGCGUGAAUAUCAACUGACACAACCCUUUUUUAUCAGAUGGCGAUUUCUUUUUUAUUCUUCGUGCGGAUCAUCAGUUUAUAAAGUUAACCCGCGAGUGUAACAGAUUUAUUUUUCUACCAAAAAAAAAGAAAUCAGAGUACAAGAAAUUUUUUCUCAAAUUUGAUUUAUUAUUUGAAUUCAAAAAUUUAAGUAGAUAAAAAUUGGAUUUUCCAAUUUUUAAAGAAGAUUCUUUGUUUUUUAAUUUCAGUGGAAAAAAGAAGCAAAAAAGAUGAUGAAUCAAUGAAGUGAAUAAAAUGAAAUCGAGUAAUUUUGAAUUGGUGACCAAAACAUCAGCUGUCGAUAGAAUGUUACUUCCUCGUUCAUCAAAAAUUAUUCCUUCUUCUAAUGAAGAUAAUGAGGGAUUUGAAGGAGAAGAAUCAAAUUUGUCAGUUAUUCAUUCGUCAAGAUUAUUUAAAAGUGAUUCGUUACUUGAACGAUUUUUAAAAGAAACUGAAAAAAUGGAAAACUCCCCUAAACCUGCAAGUCCAAUUGUCAAUAAUCAACGAAAAAUUUUCAAUUCUGAUAGUUUUAUUGUUGCAAUAAGACCAAUAAUUGUAUUAGCACAAUGUUUUGCUUUACUUCCUGUCGAUGGAACAAAUACCACUGAUGCCCGUGAAAUAAAAUUCACAUGGAAGAGUCUCAAGGUAUUUUAUUGUUUUGUUGCGACAAUUGGAACAGCAGUUUUAACAGGUUUCAGCAUUCAUGGCGUUGCGACAAGUACAAUAACAUCAAAAAAAACAACUAAUGUGGUAUUUUUUGCAACAACUGGUGUGACUACUUUACUUUUAUUGAAAUUGGCACGAAAAUGGCCUGAAUUUUCAGUAACUUGGCAAAAUAUGGAACAGGAAUUAUCGAUGAGACGAAAUCGACGAAUUUCAAAAUAUAGUCUCGCUGCUAAAUUUAAAAUUAUAACUUUUAUUAUUAUGAUGCUGGCUGCCUUAGAACACACGUUAUCAAUUCUCUCAGGAUAUGUAAGUGCCGUUGAAUGUACAGCUUUGAAAAAUGAUACCGAUAUUAUGAUCGCUUAUUUUACAUAUCAUUAUCCUCAGAUUUUAAAAUCGUCAACGUUUACAAUUUGGCAGGGAAUUCUAGUUCAAUUUGUCAAUAUACUUAGCACAUUCUCUUGGAAUUUUAUAGAUCUCUUUUUAAUUCUCAUUAGUAUUGCAGCAACGGAUCAAUUUCGACAAUUAAAUAGUCGAUUAUACGCCAUUAGAGGAAAGCACUGUUUCGUUGUGAAGGCGAUGCCAGAAUGGUGGUGGGCUGAAGCAAGAAUUGAUUUCAAUCGUCUCUCAACAAUGACAAGAUACAUUGAUUCACACAUCUCGGAUAUUGUCCUAUUGUCCUUUUCAACGAAUCUCUACUUCAUCUGCAUUCAACUUCUUCAUUCCUUCAACUUUCUCGAAUGGCAAGUUUUCUCGAGUCCAAUGAGAAAUGCAGUGCAGACAACGUACUUUUGUUUUUCAUUUGGAUUUCUUUUGGUGAGGACCGCUGCAGUUUCUCUAUUUGCCGCAGGUGUACAUGAUGAAUCAGUGCUUGCGGCUCCAAUUUUAUAUAGUGUCUCAACAUCCAAUUAUUCACCAGAGGUUGAUAGAUUUUUGACUCAAGUAACCACGGAUAACAUCAGUUUUACAGGAAUGAAAUUCUUUUCCAUUACACGAGGUCUUGUUUUGACGGUAUGUAAAGGAAAAAAAAAAAAAAAAUUAAUAUUUAAAAUUAAUUUUUUUUAUACUUUUCAGGUAGCAGGAACCAUUGUUACCUAUGAACUCGUUCUUGUGCAAUUUAAUUCAGUACAACAAAAUGAACCAUCAAAUAUAACUAAGGUCUGUGAACUAAAAUAAAAUUAUAUAGAAA